AUGGAUAGAAGUUGGAUGCUACUUGGUAAUAGAGUACUACCUGAAUAUGUUAAUGGUGUCAAUGAUUUCUUAAAGUUUUCCAUCAAUCACAUGGACAAUGGAAAUACAAUCCGCUGCCCAUGUUAUAAGUGCAACAAUUAUUGUUGGCUUACUCCAGAUCAAAUGCGGGACCACUUGGUCAUCCAUGGCAUUGUAAAGGUAUACAACCCAUGGGUAUAUCAUGGAGAGAUGGCUGCAGCAGCAAGUGAAUCAGAAUAUAACAAGGAUGACAGUAAUGAUGUGGUUGAUGAUGACAUAGAUAUUGUUGGAGAUGGAACUUGGGAUAUGCUACAUGAGUUGAAUAACGAAUCACUAUUUAAUGAUUGGACAUCUUCCUCCACAUCUAAUUGUGCUGUUGGUGAUGUGUCAAUUGAUUCAAACUUUUUUACAAAGCUAUUUACUGAUGCAAUGCUACCUUUGUAUUCGGGAUGCAAGACAUCUAAGCUUUCCUUCGUUAUUAAGCUGCUUCAUUUGAAGAUAAUCGAUAAAUGGACUAAUAAGUCCUUCACAAUGUUACUUGAGUUAUUCAAGUCUAUACUCUCAUCCGAUGCUCAAUUCCCUUCAAAUUACUACAAGGCUAAGAAAGUCAUCCGUGAUUUAGGACUCCAUUAUGAGAAGAUUGAUGCAUGCAAGAAUGAUUGUGUCCUCUUUAGGAAAGAGUAUGCGGAUCUAGAUUCAUGUCCAACAUGCAACUCACCUAUGUAUAAAUGUAGCUUGAAUGGUGGUGGUAUAAUACCUGAAAAGGUAUUGCGUUAUUUCCCGUUGUCACUUAGGUUGCAAAGGUUAUUUAUUUCUUCCAAAACAGCUGAGGAUAUGAGAUGGCAUUCAACUAGGCGUGUCAAGGAUGGGUUGCUAAGACACCUCGUUGACUCAGAAGCUUGGACGCAUUUGGAUCAAGAACACCCUUCAUUUGGUAGUGAACCACAAAAUGUGCGUAUGGGAUUAUCAAGUGAUGGGUUUAAUCCUUUCAACAACAUGUCUAACUCUUAUAGCAUGUGGUUCGUGUUUACUGUCCCAUAUAACUUACCAUCGUGGAGAUGUAUGGAGGAGCCAUUUCUAAUGUUAACUUUGCUAAUUCCAGGUUCAAAAGGACCAGGUAAUGACAUUGAUGUAUAUCUUCAACCAUUGGUAGACGAGUUAAAAGUUUUAUGGUACAUGCAUACGUUUAAAGGUUAUGUUCGUAAUAAAGCCCAACCGGAAGGAUCAAUAGCCGAAAGAUAUAUUGACAAUGAAUGUUUGACAUUCGUGUCAAUGUAUAUUCGUGAUACGGAAACAAAAUUCACUAGACCAGACCGGAGUUGUGAUGUUGACCAUGGUCAAAGUUCCAGUGAAUUAUCCAUCUUCCAACACAAAGCUCGUGGUUUAGGGGCAGCCAUAAAUGUUGAUCUUAACAUGCUUGAUUAG